AUGGAUCCUCAUCUGCAAAAGAUUGUCAACGAUGUCAGAGCAGAGCACCACGAAGAUCCUACCGCCAACGAGUUCAGUUUUCACCCAGCUCAAUCCCAUCCUCCCAGACACGGAUACCUACCCGCUCCUUUAGGUGACUCUCUAGGUACUAAGAGACUGGGUGACUCUAAUCAAUCUCCAUACACAACUUCACACACCUACCGCUCUCUGGAGGAUCCUUCCGGGUCGCUAUUUGGAGAUCAAUUAACUGGGUUCGAUGAUGGAACAGAUGGCACCUAUUUAUCUCAGACAUGCCGUCCUCUGCCUACGCAGCAUGCCAGCUCGGUGCCUGGUAGGCUGUCCUUGAUGCCGCGAACCUCCCACGGACAACUCCAAGCAGAUCGAGAACCACGACCAAUGAGCAAUGCCGACAAUCACUUCAGGUUCACGCAGAACUUGCGAGCAGGCAUGCCCGUAAAUGGAGAUAUGCUGCGACGGCCACUCCAGAGGACUCAAUUGCAGAGCACUGAUUCUGUGGAUCAGCUUCUAAAUGCUAUGGGAUCAAACAGGCAAAUGCCACUUGCUAGCUUCCGACCGGUACAGCAUAACGACUUCCAACAGCAAGCCCAACAGAGGAUGAAUAAUCUCUUUCAUCAACAGGGCCAGCAGCACACUCCGCCGAUGAUGUCAAACUAUGCCGCGAGCCCGCACACGUUUAUGCCAUCCACAGACUCUUCGCCAUUCCACCCGCAGGAAAGCCCGUCUGAGAGAAUAAGCAUGCGCAGAGCUUCUGCCACACGUAGCAACCCAGGACAUCUCCAGCCCUCAGUCAAGAAUGACCUUGAAGCAAAGGUUUUUCUGCCGCGCACACCACAGACACGAACCUUUUCUCCAGUUAAGAGAACGCCUGGGUCGCAAAUUGUAGCACCAGCCGAAACCACCCCACGUACUUUAGGUCUGGGACACGCACCGCCAAUAGUCCAUGGUAUUCAAUUAGUCUCUCCCCAUGAUUUGCCAGAUCGAUUUCGACAAGUUUUCCCAUAUCAGCUUUUUAAUGCUGUCCAAUCGAAAUGUUUUGCACCAAUAUAUAAGUCAUCUAGCAAUGUGGUAGUAGCAGCUCCCACAGGAAGCGGGAAGACAGCACUACUCGAGCUAGCAAUUUGCAAGACUGUCGAGGAGAAUGGAUCCGGUCAGUUCAAAAUUGUUUAUCAAGCCCCCACGAAAUCCCUGUGUUCCGAGCGCGUGCGUGACUGGAGCAAGAAGUUCACUCACCUUAAUUUGACUUGUGCCGAAUUGACGGGAGACACCGGUCAGAUGGAAAUGAACAGAGUCCGCAACGCUUCAAUCAUUGUCACUACCCCAGAAAAAUGGGACAGCAUAACUCGCAAGUGGGCAGACCACCAUAAGCUGGUACAAAUGGUGAAACUUUUCUUAAUCGACGAAGUUCACAUUCUGAAAGAGGUCAGAGGUGCUACACUGGAGGUUGUUGUCUCUCGUAUGAAGUCAAGGGGUGCUGACGUACGCUUUGUUGCACUGAGUGCUACAAUCCCGAAUUCAGAAGAUGUUGCUGUUUGGCUUGGGAGAGACCACUGUACUCAACAGCUCCCUGCCAGCCGCGAGACGUUUGAUGAAACAUUCAGACCUGUUAAACUUCAGAAGCACGUAUAUGGGUACGAUGGUAAAAUGAAUGAUUUCGCUUUCGAGAAGUUGUUGGAUGGCAAGUUACCAGGUCUCAUUCGCAAGCAUACACGGAAAAAGCCCAUCAUGAUAUUCUGCUUUACCAGGAAAUCCUGCGAAAGUACCGCUUUAAAACUGGCUGAGUGGUGGACAGGACAAGUCGCAGCUGAACGUGCUUGGCCUUCGCCUUCUCAACGUGUCGUUGUCGGUUCAAAGGAACUACAAGAUAUCGUUACCUGUGGCGUAGCUUUUCAUCAUGCUGGUCUUGACGCUCAGGAUCGUCAAGUUAUUGAGACCUCAUUCCUGAAGGGAAACAUUAGCGUUAUAUGCUGUACUUCGACCCUUGCUGUUGGGGUUAACCUGCCUUGUCAUUUGGUCAUACUAAAGGGAACGGUCACCUUCGGGAACAAUUUACUUACUGAGUACUCAGACUUAGAGGUAAUGCAGAUGCUUGGGCGAGCUGGUCGACCACAAUUCGAAGACACUGCGGUUGCGAUCAUAAUGACCAAGAAUGAGAAGAAGGAUCACUACGACAAGAUGAUUUCUGGCACAGACAUCCUUGAGAGUAGUCUCCACCUUAAUCUAAUAGAGCACCUGAAUUCUGAAAUAGGUUUACAAACAGUCAAUAGCCUCGAUUCAGCAAGGUCAUGGCUCGAAGGAACAUUUCUCUCUGUCCGCAUGCGACUCAACCCCGGGUACUACCGGAUCGACAAUAUUGUACAGGGAGGCGAUACGGACCAUCGUUUGAAACUUGUCUGUGAGCGAGAUAUUAAGCUUCUGCAGGAACAUGAUCUUGUCACACGUGGGGACACGAUCAAAUGUACUGAAUAUGGUCAAGCUAUGUCUCGAUACAUGGUAAAUUUCGAGACAAUGAAAGCGCUCUUGAGUAUACCUGAGCACUCAAAGACUGAAGAUAUUCUCAACAUUAUAUGCCAAGCGUCAGAAUUCAAAGAUCUCCGGAUGAAGCCAAACCAGCGACCAUGCCUGAGAGAAAUCAACAAAUCUCCAUUCAUGAAGUAUCCUGUCAAGGAGACAAUCUCAACAACGACACACAAGAUUUAUUUGUUGGUUCAAAUGCAACUCGGAGGUAUUGAGCACCCAACCGAUAAAGAAUAUGUGGGCAUGAAAAGACAAUUUCUAACAGAAAGAGCUGUCAUAUCAGAGCGCAUCUCACGCUUGCUUAGAUGUGUUAUUGACUGUAAAGCGGUAGAUUGCGAUGCUAUUUCUACAAGACAUGCGCUUGAUCUUGCUCGUAGCAUAUCUGCUGGGUACUGGGAAAAUUCCAAUCUGCAACUUCGACAGAUCCCAAAUAUCGGUCCUGUCUUAGCUAGAAAGUUGAUUAACAAUAAUGUCAACAGUAUCGAGAAACUCUAUAACUUAGACUCGGCCACAAUUGAGCGCUAUUCGGGGAAGAAUCCGCCUUUCGGAAAGAAAGUUUUGCAAGAUCUUAUGGGAUUCCCCCGGUUGACUUGUGUAGCGGAACUUGUUGGAAGUCAUACAAAGAAAAACGAGAAAAGACCGAAGGUAUCCGUGAAGGUUCGACUUGGUUACUCUAACACCAAAACUCCGGUCUGGGAUGGAAAGAAACCUUCGUUGACCUUUCUUGCAGAGACGUCUGACGGAGUCCUCGUCCACUUCUGGCGUGGAGGAAUGCAUCAACUCGAAAAGGGUUAUGAGAUCAAGUUUUCGGCGGAGCUCUCAAGUGCUGAAGACCACAUCGUCUGCCGCAUUGGCUGUGAUGCAGUCAUUGGGACACAGCAUAUGAGAGUUCUCAAGCACAACAUCCCGGCAUGCGAUUUUCCGCCUAUUCCUAAGAAGAUCGUCAGUCAAAAUGAGCCAACAAGAAAGUCAUCGUCGGAUGAGUUUGGCUUGGAUGACAUUGAGGACGAGGUUUUACUAAAUGCUGCAUCGAGAGCAGAAAUGGUCGCAGAAGACGAUGUCUUUCAAAACAUGGAUAACGAAAUUGAUGCGCAGUCCACUACAGUCGUCGUUAAAAAGUCUUUGCCCGUGGCGACACCACCUGUAGUGCAAAUGGCUAACGAAGGAAUGGAUAAACCACGAAAGCCGAGGACCAGAACCUCCUUGAGUAAUAUUUCUUUGCAAGAGGGCCCAGAGAAGAACGUUAAAUCAGGUGCUUCUAAGAUCCCCCAAAAUGCUAAACUAGGGGCUUCUGAGAAAGCAGCGAGCUCCAAGAAGCAAAGCCUGAAACUGAAGCAUGAGUUCGAAUUUUCCGACAAUGAUGAUAUGGAGGUUAUAGAUUUGGCACAAGACUAUCCAACAGCGUAUUCUGACCUCGCUCCUCGCAAUUAUCGAAAGUUACAUAACCUGCAUAAGAAUGUUCAGGAAGAUAAAGCGCUCAGAUUAGUCACGCAGAAACCACAAUAUCAAUAUGGAAGCGGCAAUCCUCCUCAAAUUCCAUUCGCACAUACUGGUACGGAUAGGCAGGACAUGUUCGACGACACGGAUUACCUAGAUGUGGAUUUUCCAUCGCCCUCAGCUAUCACUCAAGGAUCUAAGAAUAGAAGCUUGACUCUGUCUUCUUCUCGUGCAAUGGCAGAGAACAGGACUUCCGCUGGUAUAAGUGAUAUCUCGCAGUCAGGAGCUUAUUACGAAGAUGAUGUUGAGCUACCAGAGAAGCCGGUGGUCUCUUUCCUUGACCAACAUCCAGAUUCAUCCUUCGGUAAUGACUCGUUGGGCAGCCUUGAAGCUGGAAUGCUUGAACUUUAUGACCCGAUGACAAGACUGGCGGCGGUAGCAGCGAGUCCCAAACUCAACUCCAGCUUUGUUGACGGCGUAUUUGACUUCGAGGCCUUCAAUAACGGAACAGGCAGCCAAGAAUCGCGUCUAAGCUUAUCGGCAUACCAACCAGCUGGUCUUUAUCCACCCGCGGAGAAAUACACGAAGGAGGCAACAAAGCGAGCACGGUCACCAACUCCUGAUGGAGAAGCUGUGAAAUGUCGGCGGGUUACAAAGGAUGUUGAUACUACGCGGAUAACAGAGGCAGCUCAAGAAGAGUUCAAGCCUGUUUAUCCUGAAUGGUUGAAUGAGUUUGAUGCGGAUCUUAUUAACGGAUUUAAGGAUUUUGUUGAUUUCGUUGACUGA